UCUCACACACACAACUAAUGUCAUGGGGGUUUGAACCUGAUACCUCUCUGGUCUACAAAUCAAAACCCUUUUUCACUCCACUAGACCCUGUUGGCUUUUUUUUUUCUUCUUAAGAGCAUUUUAAAUCUAGUAAGAAACAACCUAAUUUUUUCCGGAACAUUUUCAUGGAAUAAGCAUUGCACACUCCGCACAAAGGACACAGAAACUUCACCGAAACACAAAAGCAGAUUUUACUUAUAGUCGACAAACCCUUGUACAAAAUGUUGAUUUUUAGUUGUCGUGGGACCUGCAAUGGAUUAUUCAAACUUCCCCAGGACGCGCAUAGACAUGUCAAAGCAAAGGCAAGGAAGCUACAUGAGGAGUUGACCUGACUUCCAAACCAGAUUCACUAGUUCUUAUACUGAAAUCUAGCAGAAGAGCAAGCUAUCUGCAUUGAGCUUUUCUAGCUACUCAUCUACCAACUGCCAAAAAAAAAAAAAAAAACUUGGGUUUCAAUCCAUAGCAGUGACUAUCAUUUCAUUAUCAUCCAUUACGAUUGACAACAACAAACACAUCAGCGGAAAAUGGAAGGAAGCGAUCAAGCUCCACAUGAUAUUGAAAACCCCUGCAUUCCAUUAGUAACUUCAAUGGGCGAGGAAUUGGAUGGCUUGUCUCCCCUCUCCUCUCUGUGUUGCAUUUAUAGAGUUCCUGAACGACUACGGCGUGUGAGUGAAAAGGCCUACACACCUCAGGUAGUCUCUAUAGGCCCACUUCAUCAUGGCAAGGAAGGCCUAAAAGCCAUGGAAGAUCACAAAAAGAGGUACUUACAAGAUUAUAUACGUCGGACCAGGGUAAGCCUAGCGGAUUAUGUACAGAAAGUAAAAGACCAAGAAGCAAAACUGCGCAGUUGUUAUGCAGAAACCAUUCAGGUUAGCAGUGAUGAAUUUGUGAGAAUCAUUCUGGUGGAUGCCGCCUUCAUCAUUGAGGUCUUGUUGAGGUAUCGUUUCGAUGAAUUGCAGGAUGAAAAUGACUGCAUAUUUAACAAACCAUAUAUGUUGCAGGAUGUAUGGCCUGACAUGCGGUUGCUUGAAAAUCAGCUGCCCUUCUUCAUUCUUGAGGAACUUUUUGACCCCGACAAAAUCGAAGUCUCUUCUAACAAUAACAAUAUUGAAAGGCUUUCGAUACUCAACCUUUGCCACAAUUUCUUCAAAAAUCUAAUGCAUAUAGAGGGAACAGAUGGCAAUAUGGAGAAAUUAUGUGCUUCUAAAGUUGAACACUUUGUAGAUUUUUGUAGAAAUUUGCAUCUACCUCUACCAUUGAAACCACAUGCUAAAGGGCGACUUGAAACUCUAAACACACCCAGCAUCACAGAGUUACACAGAGCAGGAGUCAAGUUUAGGGUGGGAUCACCCAAAAACUUAUUCAACAUAAAAUUCGCUAAUGGGAUUCUAAAAAUUCCAAAAUUAGCAAUAAGUGAUGAGACAGAGCUUACAAUCAGAAACCUCCUCGCUUUUGAACAAUGCCAUUGCAUGGAGAAUUACAUAAACGAUUAUGUUGUCAUCAUGGAUCGCUUUGUGAACACCGCAAAGGAUGUGGAGUUGCUUGUUAAGCAUGGAAUCGUCGAAAAUAGUCUCGGUGACAGUAGUGAAGGGUCUACUCUGAUUAACAACCUUGCGGAUGGGGUCAUAGUGGACCCUAAUGACUUCUAUUUUGCUAUUCUUUGUGCAGACCUCAACAAGUACUGCAGAACGUCUUGGCACAAAUGGCAGGCGAACUUGAGACAAAACUAUUGCAACACACCUUGGGCAACUAUUUCAAUUGCUGCGGCUAUUUUUCUCCUCAUACUCACUUUUAUACAAACAGUGUGCUCUGUUAUCUCUGCUCUGCCUUCUAAGCGUUGAGAGUAAGUCUCCUCUUAGCCGUUUUCCCCUUGUCAUUUCCUUUUGGUCCUCCGCAUGACACGAGCUGGGUUUGUCACCAGCCUAGAGGUGCAAGAGAGCUGGAGAAAGAAAAAGUUAGUGUAUAUGUAGAAAAUAUAGCCUCUGUUAGUGAAAGUGAGCUGUGCAUGUAGAGUGAUGGAAGCAAUGUGGUUGUUUUAUUUGUUUCUCCAUGCUUGUUCGGUAUGAAACUGUUCAAAUUUUAUAACUUUAUUGUUAAUCCGAGAGCUGUUAUGUUGGGUACUCCAAUGUAACAAAUCAUUGAAAA